AUGCAUACCAUAGUUGACAUAUACAUUUGCAUUUCACUAGUCCUUGCUAGGUUUAAGAUCAGAACUCUGGAAUUGUCCAGUCCGAUCAAUGCUUCAACUGUGGCGUUGAUGGUGAGGUCUGCCAUGCCGGUUUGCUUCUCAGUGAUUGUGGAGAAAGUUUUUCCAGUCAUGAUCAGACAAUGGCAACUUGGUGAACUGAAUUAUGAGGUAGAAUGGAACAAUGGCACCUCCUUCUACUACUCUCUUGGCGUAAAUGGAACCUGCGACAAUCUCUACUACAGCAUCGGAAUCCCCGAGACCGGACUUUCUCGUUGGAGAAAUUAUCUGGGAACCACGGUAGCUGAUGGGUUUCUGUGUAAUGUUUGUGAGAAGGUUGAGUUUGUAGUGUACUGUUAA